AAAAGAAAAGAAAAAAGAAAAACGCUGUCGUGCGCUUGCAAUCGCCUCUGGUCCUUUUCUACAGUAAGAGGGGAUAAAAAAACCCGCACACAAAUUCACAAAGCAGAGUCUGAUGCAAUGGGUUACUAUCAGCUCAGUCCACUCUCUUCGCCAUAAAUUACGCUCGGCCGAUGAUCGCCACAGCCAUUGUGGGUUAUCUCCUGUGGUGACUGCAGACUCAAUAGUUUUCUUCCCUGCUGCAUCUGGAGGACCACUGAUCUCACAGUCCUGCGAUCCCCCCACUAGUCUACUUUCACCCCUCUUGCCCCUCUUCCCUCUCAUCUUCUAAGUAUCCUCUGAACCCCCUCGAAGACCUGCUGGCACAACUGCAAUGGAGGAAACUUACAAUAACAGGACUUCCCUGGUAAAAGGGGCCAAAGGCAUGGUCAAGGAGGCUAAGCGCCAUGCAACAAAGAAGGUCAACAAGGUGGUGGACCGAGCUUCAGACGAGUACUCAUCCCACCACAACUAUAGCAGAUUCCAGGACGAGGAAGAUGACGAUGAGGAUUUCUACCGGAACCCCCCCAGGCAGGAUGGAGAGGGCUACCAUGACAACGAGGAGGGCUCCAGUGAUGCCACUGAGGGCCACGACGAUGAGGACGAGAUCUACGAGGGCGAGUACCAGGGGAUCCCCUCAGACAGGAAGCAUAAAGAGGGGCAGGUGGCGCUGGGGCAACCGACAUCAGAUGCCACAAGGGAUCGUAAAGAGCUGGAACAAGAGAGACAGGCUGAUGAGGAGGAGCUGGCCCAGCAAUAUGAGCUGAUCAUCCAAGAGUGUGGCCACGGGAGGUUCCAGUGGCAGCUGUUCCUGGUGCUGGGGCUGGCACUCAUGUCAGAUGGAGUGGAGGUGUUUGUGGUUGGCUUUGUUCUUCCCAGUGCAGAGACAGACAUGUGUGUUCCCAACUCCAGCUCUGGAUGGCUAGGCAGUAUUGUUUACUUAGGGAUGAUGGUCGGAGCGUUUUUCUGGGGUGGGAUGUCAGACAAAGUGGGCCGCAGACAAUGCCUCCUUAUAUGCAUGUCCACCAACGGCUUCUUCGCCUUCCUGUCAUCUUUUGUCCAGGGAUAUGGCUUUUUCCUCCUCUGUCGUCUCUUCGCAGGCUUCGGGAUAGGCGGUGCUGUUCCCAUCGUUUUCUCCUUCUUUGCAGAGGUGCUGUCCAGGGAAAAAAGAGGUGAACAUCUUAGCUGGCUCUGCAUGUUUUGGAUGAUUGGAGAGAUUUAUGCGUCUGCCAUGGCCUGGGCCAUCAUACCCCACUAUGGUUGGAGUUUCAGUAUGGGUUCUGCGUACCAGUUUCACAGCUGGAGGGUGUUUGUGGUCGUCUGUGCCCUGCCCUGUGUGUGUGCUGUUGUGGCACUUACCUUCAUGCCUGAAAGUCCCAGAUACUUCCUAGAGGUGGGGAAGCAUGAUGAAGCCUGGAUGAUCCUCAAACAGAUCCAUGACACCAACAUGAGAGCGCGUGGGCAACCAGAAAAAGUCUUCACUGUAAACAGGAUCAAGAUCCCAAAGCAGCUGGAUGAACUAGUGGAGAUGGAGUCAGAGUCUGGUAAUCCAGUUUCCAAAGCUUUCUUCAGGAUAAAGGCUGAAGUACAUGGGAUUUAUCUGAAUCUCAUGAAGUGCUUCAACUACCCUAUGCGUGAAAACAUGAUGAGGCUAGCCAUAGUGUGGUUCACACUGUCUUUCGGUUACUAUGGCCUGUCGGUCUGGUUCCCUGACGUCAUCAAACACCUUCAGGCUGAUGAGUAUGCGUCAAAAGUGAAGAUUCACAGUAAUGAACGCAUUGAAGAUUUCACCUUUAACUUCACUUUGGAGAACCAGAUUCAUAAAAAUGGCCUUUUCAUCAGCGACCGAUUCAUCAAUAUGAAGCUGAGGUCUGUCACCUUUAUUGACUCAACGUUUCGUAACUGCUAUUUUGAUGAUGUGACAUCAGUGGGCUCCUUCUUCCGUAACUGUACCUUUAUAGAUGCAUUCUUCUUCAACACAGACAUUGAUGAAUCCAAGUUGAUAGAUGGCACAGAGGUGAUCAACAGCACAUUCACCCACAACAAGACAGGUUGCCAGAUGACAUUUGAUGAUGACUACAGUGCCUACUGGGUUUACUUCAUCAACUUCCUGGGAACACUGGCUGUUCUGCCUGGCAACAUUGUGUCUGCCCUUCUCAUGGACAAAAUUGGUCGCCUGUCUAUGUUGGGUGGAUCCAUGGUUCUGUCAGGCAUCAGCUGUUUCUUUUUAUGGUUUGGCACCAGUGAGUCCAUGAUGAUCUUCAUGUUGUGCCUUUACAAUGGCCUGAGCAUCUCUGCCUGGAACUCCCUGGAUGUGGUGACAACUGAGUCAUUUCCUACUGUCAGAAGAGGGACAGGUUUUGGGUUCUGCAAUGCCUUGUGUAAGCUGGCUGCAGUCCUGGGGAAUCUGAUUUUUGGCUCUCUGGUUGGAAUCACCAAGGCUAUCCCCAUCCUCAUGGCCUCAUCUGUCCUUGUCGGAGGAGGCCUGGUCGGUCUGCGGUUGCCUGACACCAGAGCGAAUGUCCUCAUGUAACACCAGUGUGGCAUUCAUCACCUGGGAUAAAACCUUGGUGAAUCUGCGAGGAACCCAGAGGACUCUUAAAACAGGAGUGCAAAUGGCUUGGUUUAUACAUAUCUUAACUUAAUGAUCACACUGAAGUGUUUACCUUCCCUAUGGUCAGAGGUAAACUUGGAACAGAAAUCACACCAGUAGUUUUUACUUUAACAAAGAAAUUAGAUUCUGUAAAAGUCAAUAACAGCCUCCGCCAUUUUAUGAAUGUACUGUUCAAUGAUGUUACUCUCAGAUACUUGAUUUUAGUUUAAAUUUCAUCUGGUUUGAUUUUUGUUCAGUGAGUAGUUGCACCUUCCAUAACCUUGUGCGAAGUCACUGCAUGGAUAAAGCUCAAGGCUUUUAAUAUUGAUACAGUCUUAUUAGAACAAGCCAGAUGGAGAGAAAAGCAAAAAACAAGCUGUAAUGAGCUCAGCCAAGCUGCUGUGCGACAACGGAGGGAAUAGAUGAUCAGAUGGAGUGACACGCUACACAGCUGUAUGACAUCUGGCUUGGCCACAAGACCCACAAAUACAGGGUAUGAUGUAGAUGCAGCACAACUGCUCACAUAUAUAAACGAUCACUAAGAGAGUAAACACAUUUAUUUACAGAUCAAUUUAUUUAAAUAGGCUGACAUUCACUGAUACCAUCAUCUUGCGUCCCACUCUGAGCCUUGACCAUGAACACAUUAUUAUACUUUGCUUAAAGUAGCACAUACAUUAACAAACUUUUCAAAGUAUUCUUGAAACACCAAGCCGUUUGCAUUACCUACUCAACUAAUAAUUAAAAAGGCCAUAUUGCAAAUCUGCAUUUUCUGGUACCAAUAAUAUUACAUGUUAAACCUUUAUUUUUUUUUGCUGUGUAAUUAUAAAAGCUGGAGUUCAUUUUGUUCAUGUUAUUCCACAUUCCUGCUCACGUGUUGUAUUAUUGUAAAAAAAAAAAAAAAAAAGAUAAGAAAAAAAGCUCUCUGGUGAGCUCUUCUUCUCAUUCAGCUUUGUGUUGGAUCUUGCUGGAGGCAGUGAUGUUGACGAUGACAUGCCAUGCUGCUUUCUUUUAGAAAUACUGAAUGGCCUUUCUUAUAUGUGCCUCUCCUUAACUGGAGCAGUCUACCCAUAGUCAUGUGGUGUCCAAAGGGUACAAGGAACAGACACAAACUGAACAGGAUAUUAUAUAGAUAAAAUAAUCUUUGUGUUUUAGUAUAUGUAUGUGAAAUAUGGGGCCAAUGCAGUAUUUUAUUGGGGUGUGAGCUUUUCUUUUUUUUUCUUCUCCUUUGUUACACAUUCCAGUUUGAUACAACUUUUAUUCGUGUAACCCUCUUUCUCUCCUUAAAUAAAUAAUAGAUAGAGGUAAUAAAUAACAGCCCCAAAUAUGGGAUGAUUGGUGCCAAAUAGAAUGAAAAAGCCCAGAGAGACAUUACAUGGCUUUUUUAACUUUUUAUCUCUGAAAUUUGACACAGAUUAUAAACUUGUAUUAUGUUUGUAUCAGUUAUUGUACCAUCCAACAUUGGAAACUUAAUACAUCCUGAUGAUAUAUUAUAAAGAUAAUGAAAGAAUAAAUGCAGUAAUUAAUACAAAUAAUGAUGAAAUUAUGUUUUUAACAAAAAAAAAAUAGCUUAUGUUCCUUUAUUUGUUUAUUUGUCAUGAUGUAAUAUGUAAUGAUGAAUUGGUUUCUGUUUUGUUUGUUUGUGCCUGGGGAUUUUAUGUUCUGUGGUUUACCGCUUUUGUCGUCCUGCUUUUCUCUGUAUUAGUGGUAUCUGUAAGAGCAUAGAGAUAGCUUGCCCUUGCAUUGCAGCUGAGUCUUUCAAUGCUACCUUUAAAAGAAAAAAAAAGCUAACAAAAACAGAGGCUACCAGUUGGUA